AUGGCAAAUUUGAAGAAAACAACAUCGUCCAGCGGCCUCCUACAAGGAGCGUCCCAAUCCCGAAAUGGCAAAGUAGAAUCCGCACCCAGGUCCUUCUUUUCCAAAAGAGUUGCCAUCCUUUUUAUUGUUUCUGCGUACAUCUUUUUGAAGCACCAACAUGACUUACAAGGACAGGGAGGAGAGCAGUUGGCCAAAGUGCAAGUACCUAACAGAGUUGCUCGCAGUUUAGCAAAGGAAACCGUAUCUCAAUCAGAACAUGAGGGUGAAUUAGAGGAUGUCGAGUGGGAGGAAGGGGAGGAUAGCGGAGAAUACACUCCUGCAGGAGAAACGGAAGGCGAAGAAUAUGUAGAAGGGGAGUACGAGAUACAAGAAGAAGGUUAUCCUGAUGAAGACUGGGAAGGCGAAUCUGUUCAAGGGGGAGGAGAAGAAUACUUAGAAGGAGAAUCUGUUCUAGGGGAGGGAGAAGAAUAUUCAGAAGGGGAGUCUGUUCAAGGGGAUGUAUAUUUAGAAGGGUCGUAUGAGGCACAAGAUGGAGGUUAUUUUGAGGAAGAAUCCGGAGUAGAUGUUGAAAGAAUGGAAGAAGAAUAUAUAGUACAGGGGCAUGAUGUGAACGAGAACCUAGAUGCUCAUUAUGGGUGGGACCUAGGAUAUGGUGCAUGGGGCGAUUUAGGAGAUGUGUACGAAGAUGAAGAUGCUGUGGUGGAGGAGGAGACACAAGAAAAAGAAGAUUAUGACAUAGACGAUUCACAAUAUAAAGAUUGGGACACGUUUAAACAUGCUUUAGAAAUGUCUUGGUUCAGGUUUGAAGAUAAAUUAAAUAAAUCACGAAGUGCUUUCAUGAAGGAAAAGGAUAAAGAAAUUUCGAAAUGGUUUAAUUUGAUUCAAAGCAGAUGGAUGAAUUAUAGCCAACUGACAUCAGUAGGAGAAGAUGCUAAGAAUAUUUUAACAGUUAAUGCGAACGCUGGGGAAGGUAAGAAGUGGUUUGACAAAGAAGUAAGAAAUCAUAUGGAUUCACUUUUUAAGAAUUGGAUGGAGGGUGCUUAUGCUGAUUUAGUGAAUACUCUGAAGAAUGAUAUGAAAAGAUUUAAGGAGAAGCAUAUUAAGGGGUGGUUAUUGCAUCUGUGGAAACAGAGAGAAGAGUAUGUUGAUUAUGAAGCGCUUGAAUAUAUGACAGCUGCAGAAUUUUUAGAUUUGGUGAAGAGUCAAGGAUGGUUCAGUCAGAUUCCAGGCAUAGAAAAUAAGAUAAAGGAACUCAUAGAAUGGUUUGUCCCUAAGGAAAAAGAAUAUUUACAAUAUGAAGAGUCAAACUGGGCCAAGUGGAAAAAAGUUAGACUUGGAAUGACUAGUUGGAUAUGUAAGGUACUUUCUGUUAAACGCCUGACCAAGGAAGAAUGGACUCAAUUUGUUAAUGAAAAUACGUUCGGAAGCACUUUUGAGUGUGAAAAUAUAAUCCAAGAAGGAGGAUUGGAGUUGAGGGUUACGCGAAGCUUGGCAGAGCUGCUAAGUGAUGGAUCGACCUCGACACGAACAUUAAAAUUGGGAAGCCCUUCGAAAAAAUGUAACGAGGAAAUUAGCACGCCCCCACAUGUUGAAGAGGUGCAGGAUAAACAAGAUGACAAGGAAAAGUACAGAAAAAUGGCAGAAGAAUCUUAUAAACAAAAGGUUGAAGAAAGGUAUAAAACGAUGAUGUCUGACGAUAUGCCUAUACGGGUGCCACGAUCCAGACAUAAUCACAAGCAUCUAGGUUUGCCAAAUUUGUCUGAAGAUGAUCUUAUACAAUUAUUAAAAGUGUUACCACCACCACCAGAGGCCCUUAAAAGAAGAUUAGGAAUAGUACCAGGUUCAAGUGCAGAUAAAAGAUUUCCAUUUGACAGUCCACAACAAAUGUUAGAUUUUUUAAAACUUAUGAAUGAUCAGCAUAACUUGAUGAGUGGUGAUGACUCCUGUUGCAGUGUUGGUGAAUCUGCAGAAGAACAAGAAGAACAAUAUCCUUCCAUUGUAAAAGAGUUAAUUAGUAAUGUAAGUAAUUUAGCUCCAGUUAUUUUACCAGCCAUUCCCCCCCUGUUGAUGAUGAUCAUUGGAACCCAAAAAACAUACAUAUUGUUAUAUACCCUAUCUUUAUUAAAGGAUGCUUAUAAUUUUAUACAACAAAGAAGUGAAUAA